GGUCCUGUGCCUUUGUGCGUAUGUGUGUGCGCGUGUAAGGGAGCGCUCCUGGUAAUCCUGAGACACCCGGUGAGCGGCAGUGUUUAUUUUUGGGUCAGUGACAGUGUGUCAAUGGCCGCAGAUGCAUCGGACAGGAAGGCUCUGAGAUACAAGCAGACCCUGCUCUAUGGGGAGUACCAGGAGCACCACGGAACCUCGGGCAGGCGGGAGGCCACCAGGCUGCUGACAGAGAGACAGAUCAAGAAACACGGCAGACAUGACCACAGGAAGACACGCCACGGCCAUCACGGCCGCGGACAUCAGCAUGGCUACCACAGCAGGCAGCGGGCUAAACAUAAGGCCAACAUGGACAACGAGAACGUGGAUGACCAGCCGCCUGCAGAAGACUUCAUCUUCUCCCUGAAGAAGAAGCGCUCCUACUCCAAAUGCAGAGACUGCAUAGCCCGGGUGCAGCGGUUCCUUGUCACAAGGCUGGGAGAGGACUGGAUCUUCCUGGUUCUGCUCGGGAUCACGAUGGCGCUGGUCAGCUGGACGAUGGACUACGCCAGUGCGAAGAGCCUACAAGGUAAAACGAUUCAUUUUGAUCUCAGUACAUCUCUAUUUCUUCACUAUUUUUCUAAAUUCUCUUCAGCUUAUAAAUGGAUCCACGGGGAGCUGAGAGGGAACAUCCCUCUGCAGUACCUGGCCUGGGUGGCUUAUCCGUUGAUAUUUGUCCUGUUCGCCUCCCUUUUUUGUCACCUGGUUUCUCCCCAAGCUAUCGGUUCUGGUAUUCCAGAGCUGAAGACCAUCCUGAGAGGGGUGGUGCUUAAGGAAUAUCUGACCCUCAAGGCCUUUAUUGCGAAAGUCAUCGGUCUGACUGCCGCUCUGGGCAGCGGCAUGCCUGUAGGAAAGGAGGGUCCGUUUGUCCACAUCGCCAGCAUCUGUGCAGCUGUUCUCAGCCGCUUCAUGUCCUUCUUUUCAGGAGUUUAUCAGAACCCGUACUGUUACACAGACAUCCUGACGGUGGGCUGUGCUGUGGGGGUGGGCUGCUGCUUCGGUACUCCACUGGGAGGCGUACUCUUCAGUAUUGAGGUAACAUCCACAUACUUUGCAGUGAGGAACUACUGGAGAGGAUACUUUGCUGCUACGUUCAGCGCCUUCAUCUUCAGAGUGCUGUCUGUAUUCAACAAGGAUGCAGUCACCAUCACAGCUCUGUUCAGGACCAAUUUUCGUAUGGAUUUCCCCUUUGACCUGCAGGAGCUUCCAGCGUUUGCCAUUAUUGGGAUAUCCUGCGGGUUUCUGGGAGCGUUUUUCGUCUAUCUCAAUAGACAGGUUGUGCUGUUCAUGCGACGCCCGAACGCCAUGACCCGCUUCCUCAUCAAACACCGGCUGAUUUUCCCCGCGGUGGUGACCCUAGUCAUCGCCUCUUUGACCUUCCCACCUGGCUUUGGACAGUUCAUGGCAGGAGAGCUGAUGCCCAGAGAGUGCAUCAACUCGCUGUUUGACAACUUCACGUGGACAAAGAUCUGGGGGUCGCCCCUGCCGGUGGGUUUGGGCCGCUCCGCUGCAUGGCUGCACCCCAACGUCAGCGUCUUUGUGGUCCUGCUGCUCUUCUUUGUAAUGAAGUUCUGGAUGUCUGCUGUUGCCACGACGAUGCCCAUCCCGUCUGGAGCCUUCAUGCCCGUCUUCAUCCUCGGAGCUGCAUUUGGCCGGUUGGUGGGGGAGAUCAUGGCCACUUUGUUUCCUCAUGGGAUCGUGUUUGACGGCAUUCUGUACCGCAUCAUCCCUGGAGGGUACGCAGUCAUUGGAGCAGCAGCCCUGACUGGAGCGGUGACUCACACUGUGUCCACAGCGGUCAUCUGCUUUGAGUUGACCGGUCAGAUCUCGCACAUCCUCCCCAUGAUGGUGGCGGUAAUCCUGGCCAACAUGGUGGCCCAGGGGCUGCAGCCCUCCCUGUAUGACUCCAUCAUCCAGGUCAAAAAGCUCCCAUACCUGCCCGAGCUCGGCUUUGGACACAUGAGCCAGUACAACAUCUUUGUGGAGAACAUUAUGGUCCGGAAGGUGAAGUUCAUUUCCUCUCAGUCCACAUACAGAGAAGUCAAACACCUGCUGGACUCCUCCUCACUCAAAACCAUCCCACUGGUGGACUCAAAAGACUCCAUGAUCCUGCUGGGCAGCAUUGACCGUUUGGAGCUCCUGGCUCUUUGUGAUUGGUGGUUAUCACCGGAGAGGAGACUCCUCAUGCAGGGUCGCAGCCUUCAGGAGCAGAAUCCGUGUCCAAGACACAGCUGGGAGUCCUUUGCCUUCGUGGAUGAGGAAGAGGAAGAUGAGAAAGACAAGGAUCAUUUUGUUCAGGAGGAGCGGAACGGCCCUCUGACCCCCCCAAAACCACAAGAGCCUUCAUCAAACCACACUGCGUCGGCUGCUGAUGUUGGCGGAGAGAAAAGUCCUCUUCGGUCUGUGAGGGAAACGCUCCGAAAUCUCUUCACCUCCAACAGCAGGCAGUUGGAGAAAGAGCCACAGGAGCCCUGUUCUCCACCCGUCUCUGACAGCAUGACACCAGAUGAGAUCAGAGCGUGGGAGGAGGCAGAGAUGGACAAACCAGUCGAAAUCGAUGAGAUACGUGUCGACCCGUCGCCUUUCCAGCUGGUGGAGAGGACGUCGCUACACAAGACCCACACGCUGUUCUCUCUGCUCGGACUCAGUCACGCUUAUGUGACCAGCAUCGGCAAACUGGUGGGGGUGGUGGCCCUGAAAGAGCUUCAGAAGGCCAUCGAAGGCUCCACACGUUAUGGCGUGCGCCUCCGCCCACCCCUGGCCAGCUUCAGAGACAGCAACCAUAAACCUGUCCCCAAACCCUCCACCUCUUCCCCAGCUCCUUCUCCAACCUUGACCUCCCCUCCCGCCCUCCAAGUUGUCCCAGACCCUCCCUCUGCAUCAACCACUUGUCAUCCUCACGACUAUGAGCAUGAAACUGAGGUGUGGAUCGAGGGAGGGGACAGGGAGGCGAGGGGCAGCUCAGAAGACAGCAGCCUCACCAGUAACCUCAACGUGCCUCCUUCAUCCACUCCUCCCCCGGUUCCUCCUCCCUCCACAUCUCCUCCUCCCUCUCCUUCAUCCUCCAUCUCCACCUUGAGGGUCACACAAGGACUCUGCGAGGGUGAUGAAGGAAGCGACGAUGAGCCGAUGGUUUAACUUUUGAUAAUAAUGACUUUUUUUAACAGUUCAAGUCAGCGUCUUCUCUUCUUUUAUUCUUCUUCUCUUAGUAUCUUCAGGUUCCAAACUCAGCUUGUCUGCUUCUCACAUCUCCGUCUCUUAAAAAGGUCUGUCGUAUCAUUAUUUUUAUUACUUUUUGCUCUGUCUUACUUUCAGUUCAAAUCGAGACAAUUUUCUUAAAUUAAAGAGAUAAAACAGAUUUUAUAUGAAGGCAAACAUUUAUACCAUUUCAGUCACGGUUCUUCAAAGCAUCUAGCAUUUAUCACAAAUAUACUGUAUUGUCUGUAACUUUUGUAGUUUUCUUCCAUAUCUGAUCAUUAAAGGAUUGAAUCAGCCGUUUGCUGAGUAGAGAAGCAGCAGCUGAUUGACUUUUUGAGUAUCCGGACUGAAGAAAAGUGAUGGAACGGUUUGGUUGAAGUGUUGGCCUCCACACUGCUACCACAGAGCUCAUGCUGUCAUGUUUUACUUAAUAAAGAAAGCAGCUAAAAGCAGAGAUUUUUUUUACAGGAUACAUCUACAGAUUUCUCAGUCAUUCAAGACUGCUUGAAAAAAAAAAUCUGAAUUCAGGACUUCUCUGUUCCUCAGGUGCUGCCAUAAGUCUUUAACGUCAUGUAUCAUGAAGUAGUUUUUUAAUGUGUGAAUAAAAAGGUUUAUUUGUUGAGUA